ACAGUUUGUCGUGACAUCCUCCAGCCUAUAAAAAUAUAAACAUGAGUCUUCGUACGUGCCUCUUCUUCCUGGCCAUCGUCGCCUUCGCAGCGGCCCUCCCCACUCCUGACGCUGACGAGACCCUGAAGCCCGAAGAGUCUAGGUGGGGCAGACACGGCUGGGGCGGUUACGGUAACGGUUACGGUUACGGUAACGGUUACGGCAACGGCUACGGUUACAGCCGCUACGGUUACGGUAACGGCUACGGUUACGGCGGACUCGGCUAUGGCGGCUACGGAUACGGUGUCCCCAUCAGUAUCAGCUACGGAAGCAUCUGGUGA